GACGGCGGGCUCCACACCCCGCUGGUACCGAGGAGGAGCGGCCGCAGUGGCACAGAGGGCCGGGGCCGCGGAGAGGGCGACCUGCGGCCUUGUGCUUCAGGAACGGAGGCCCCGGGAUGGACGGGCGUCGCUGUGAGAGCCCUCCACCCAGGAUGGCAUCAGUGCCUGGAGCAGAGACGGGAGAAGAAGAGGAACCAGUGACGUCUAAGACCCAUGGUCAUCCGUUGGAAUCAAAUCUCAAUCCUGUGGAAGCCUCCCUGGAGAUGACUCGAGAUGUUGCCAAGGAAAGAAUUCAUCUUGGGUCUAGCCCUGAAAAGUGGGCAAGUUGUGAUCUCAGCCACCAGGAAGGACUUCUGUCAAAGUCCCUUCAUUUGUCCCCUCAAGAACAGUCUGCCCUUCGUCAAGAUAGGAGGCAGUCCUGGCGGCGAGCAAGUAUGAAAGAAACAAACCGGCGGAAGUCACUGGCUCCCUUUCACCAGGGCAUCACAGAGCUCAGCAGGUCCAUCAGUGCCGACCUCGCAGAAAGCAAGCGGCUCAGCUGUCUCCUGCUUUCCAGUUUCCAGUUUUCUGUUCAGAAACUUGAACCUUUCCUGAAGGACGCUGAGGGCUUCAGUCUUGAAAGUUUCAGAAUGAAAGCGUCUUCUCUUUCUGAAGAAUUGAAACAUUUCACAGACAGACUAGAAAGUGAUGGGACUCUACAAAGAUGUUUUGAAGAUUCAGACGGAAAAGCAUCAGAUUUGUCUCUGGAAACUUCAGUGGCAGAGAUGAAAGAAUAUAUAACAAAGUUUUCUUCAGAGCGUCAGACGUGGGAUCAGCUCUUGUUGCACUACCAGAAAGAGGCUGAAGAGAUGAUAUCCAGAGGAUCAACUGAAUCCAAAAUUACUGAAGUCAGAGUGGAACCUGCAACAUAUCAUGGGUCUUCCCAGAGUGAAGUUCUUAAUACAAAACCUGACUACCAGAAAAUACUGCAGAACCAGAGCAAAGUUGUUGAUUGUAUAGAGUUGGUGAUGGACGAACUGCAAGGAUCCGUGAGGCAGCUGCAGGCCUUUAUGGAUGAAAGUACCCAGUGCCUCCAGAAGGUGUCAGUACAGCUCGAGAAGAAAAGCAUGCAACAGCUGGAUUCCUCUCCGGCUCGGAAACUGCUCAAGCUUCACCUCCAGAGCCCGCCUACCACACGUGGCUCCAGGCCUCGUCAGUGACCACAGGCGGCUCUUCUGCCCCGAGACAGUCACGGGAAGAGGAUGAGAAGAGUGGUCCAGCACAUGGCGACUGCGUGGCAGUCUGAGCUGGAGACUUCUGCCCAGUCCCUCUUGAGGAUAACGGGCUGAAUGGAGAGCACUUGGACUUUAUUCUAAAAGUGAUGGAAUGUAUGCAUCCUGAGGAAUGUUACAGAGACAGCUUUUCCAGGAACAUGCAACAUCUUGAAGCUUGUUUGAGGUGACCUUGGGAACUAGGGGUCCAGUUUCUCAAGUGUCCUUCGUGGUCAGAGAUCUUCAUGCUGUUCUUCAGGCUUUGAUGUAAUCCAGAGACAUUUAGGACCAAGUAUAAUGAAACACUUUAGGGGCUGAGCUGGGUUCCGGUCCUAAAGGACUAGGACUGGUUUUCUGGCACGGCUGUGAAGGUGGUCAGAGAUGAGGAGCCGAGUCUCCACUGUUGGGAAGUGCACGUGUCUCUGCAAGGCAUCGCUUGGAAGGGAGCUCCGCUCGGUCUCUUCUCCACGUCAUUACUGCUUCAGUUCUAACAGCCAGUUGGCCUCCAGAAUUCUAGAUCCAUGGCAAGAAGAAGAUCAGUACUACUAUUAAUUGUUCUUUGUAUUUGUGAAUAAUCUGCAUUGCAGUAGUGCAUGCAAUUAAAGUUUUCCCUUGUCUUUGUGUA